ACAACUUCUGCUGCGUUCCCUUCGCGAGAGAGAGGCGACUCUCACGCUCGGCGGCAGCUUUUCCCUCCUCCCAACGCCGCUCUGCUUCCUUCCCUUCCCCUUGACUCUUUGUUUCUACUUCCCGCGUCGCUGCCUCCUUUCUUCAGCUGAUUUCUCUUCCUCUUCCUCCCCACCAUGUCUUCUAUUGGAAAGGCGUCUCCAGGAUCCAGUCCCAAAACUUCUUCGGUUGCUGCUGCUUCCUCGCCUCCGCCCCCUUCUUCCUCGCCUUCCAGCUCUUCUUCUCCAGCUGCUUCUUCAGCGUCCUUUUCUCGUGCGAGCGUCGAGAAGGUGGUGGAUUUGGCAGAACAGGCGGCAGCGGAAGCAGAAGUUGAGGCGGCGAAGGCGAGAGAAGUCGCACGGGCGGCAGGUGACGCAGCAUGCAGAGCCAGUGCCGCCGCACACUUCGCUUCGCUGCAAGACGCAAAAACGGAAGAAAUCAUUGAGGAAACAGACCGUGUUGUCGCCGAGACCGAAAAGGUGGUUGAGAAGGCAGAGGCGGCCGCCCACGCAGCAGACGUCGAAGCAGCAGAGGCCGAGAAACUUGCAGGAGAAAUUGAAGAAGAUCUGGCAGCGCGUAGAGAGGAUCUGAGGUCGGGAGUGCCUUCGCCGCUGCCUUUCCAAGACGAAAAACUGCGUAAAGGCAUGCCGGGAAAGUAG